AUGAUCCACAAAAAGCAAAUGAUCCAAAUGAUCCAAAAAGCAAAUGAUCCAAAUGAUCCACAAAAAGCAAAUGAUCCAAAUGAUCCACAAAAAGCAAAUGAUCCAAAUGAUCCACAAAAAGCAAAUGAUCCAAAUGAUCCACAAAAAGCAAAUGAUCCAAAUGAUCCACAAAAAGCAAAUGAUCCAAAUGAUCCACAAAAAGCAAAUGAUCCAAAUGAUCCACAAAAAGCAAAUGAUCCAAAUAAUCCACAAAAAGCAAAUGAUCCAAAUGAUCCACAAAAAGCAAAUGAUCCAAAUGAUCUACAAAAAGCAAAUGAUCCAAAUGAUCUACAAAAAGCAAAUGAUCUAAAAUGA